AUGACUUCAAAAUGGCAAGUCAAACGUCUCCUCCACGGAAUCCGAGCUAUAGUUGGCGGCCAAGGACCCCCCGUGAUUCUCAUUCCCGGCUGGCCACAAACAGCAGAAGCCUUUAGCGAUAUCUUCGAGCCCCUCUCACAACAACAUCAAUUCUUCGCUCUCGAUCCCCCCGGCCUGGGUGAUUCGCCUCCUUCCCUGAAUGGCUACGAUACCGCGUAUGUCAGCAAAAUCAUGGCCGAAGCUAUCCACGAUAUCUUGGAAGAAGAAAGCAAGUACCAUCUCAUCGGCCACGACGUGGGCGGGUGGAUUGCUUACUCGUGGGCCGCUCAAUUCCAAUCGAGAAUCAAAUCACUCAGUAUCCUAGACGCAUCAGUGCCGGGGUUCUUGCCUAAGUUUGAGUUUCCGUUGUCUAAUCAGACAAACCUGCGUCUUUGGCAAUUCUCAUUCAACGCUCUUCCGGAAUUACCGGAGAUUUUGACUCAAGGUCGUGAGCGGGAACUAUUGAGCUGGUUCUUUAACUUGAAGACGUAUGCGGAUGGGUUUCCCGGGGAUAAGUUUGAGCGAUAUAUUCAAGCUUAUUCGAGACCUGGAGCGAUGAGUCGGGGGUUCGAGUAUUACCGGGCUUUUGAAGCGAGUGCGAAGCAGAAUUUGGAAUUUGCGAAGAUGCCACUUGAUAUUCCGGUCUUAGCUUUGGGUGGUGCUGGCUCUGUUGGCUCGGGUAUGAUUCAGUUGGUCCAGAACUUUGCGAGAAAUGUUUCUGGGGGAGCUAUUGAUGAGUGUGGACAUUUUCUUCCUGAAGAGCAACCAGCUGCUGUUGCGAAUAGACUGCUGGAGUUUUUGGAGGCAAAUUAA